AUUGCACGUCACAUGCGUCACGCUGAAGGAAAACAAUCUGCGUCACUUCCUGUCUGACACAGAUGCUGAGAAAACGUUUGGUAGCAGGAACUGUGGGAAGCUGCUGUGGUGACUCUGAUGUGAUGGCUGUGAACCGUUGGGGACAGUGAUUCUGAGAGAAGAACCCAGAGAAGGAGCAGCCAUGGCCUGUGCUCGAGUGCCACUGGAUGAGCAGCAAGUGACCGAGCCUGGCCCUCUGGGAAAGGAGCGCACGCUGCCUGCACUGCACCCAGACAGGACAGAGGAGCGCUGUUUCGUGCCUUACAAGCCCCCUCCAGAAGACGGCUCUCCAGCUGACGUGGAGGAGUUUUUAGAACAUGCCAGAUUCAUCACAGAGGACCUGGAGUGGCUGCUUGCAUUGCCUCACGACAAGUUCUGGUGUCAGGUGGUGUUUGAUGAGUCCCUGCAGAGGUGUUUGGACUCUUACCUGCGUCACGCUCCUCGUGGCCUCGAUCUCUCCACGCUACCCUCCUCCCCGGCGGUGGCUGACAUGCAACGCUCCAUCCACAAAGCGGUUUUCUUGACCUUCCUCCGUAUGGCCACGCAUAAAGAAUCAAAGGAACACUUCUUUACCCCAGCUGUGUUUGGGGAGAUCAUCUACGAGAACUUUCUGUUUGACAUUCCCAAAAUUCUGGAUCUUUGUGUGCUUUUUGGAAAGGGUAACGGCCAGCUGCUGCACAAGAUGAUAGAGAACAUCUUUACUCAGCAGCCGUCCUACUACAACGACCUGGAUGAGACGGUGGCCACAGUUUUACAGGUAUUUGACACGGUCCUGCAGAAGUGUGGUCUCCAGUGUGAAGGAGCCACCGCUGCAGAGCCAAUGAAGCUGAAUGCACACAAAAAACCCACUGCCAUGACCAUGAGCCAGCAGGAACUGUUAGAUAUAAUUUUGUACCUGUGUGACUCAACCACCACCAUCAAUGCCUUCCUGGACAUCUUCCCCGCAGCCUGCACCAGCUUCCAGUCCCACAGCUUCCUCAGCAGUCUGACCUCGUUUUAUGAGACCGGUGUGCCUGACCUCGAGAAGGCGAUCAGAAAGAGAAACUUUGACGAUAAAAGUCUUCAGGAGGACCUGUGGAAGAGGCUGUCUCACUCCUGUCGUAAGAUGGUGGAGACGGUGCACCUGCUGCUGCACCACACCUGCCUACAACCAAUCCUGGAGGGGAGAGAAAACAUGCAAACAUUUGCAGAGGAACUGCUGCAAUAUUUCACAUCAUUUUUACCUGAGAAAAGAUUCUUGACGGACUACGAUGAGCAGUUCCCUGUUGCAGACGACAUCAGCCUCCUGCAGCAGGCCGUCCCUGUCAUUGAUGAGACCAGGACGUCCUACUUGCUCCAGGGAGUUGAAAGUGCCUGGGACAGCGUGGGGCGACGGAAACCACAAAGCCAGACUCGGACUAGUCAGGCUCAAGCUUCUGCAUCGCUAUCGGCCAAUCGGGAACCAGCAGCUGGUGCUGCUGCUUCCUCUUUGGCUGGCUCUAAACCUCAGGAGGUCAGAGAGCCAGCAGAAGGAGAGAGUACGAGGGGAGCAGAGGCCAUGCUGGAUGUCCCCCAAAGAGGAAACAAUGGCGCCGUGUGUCCAGUGAUCGGGGCGGAGCUGGAGUCUCUGCUGUCGUGUAUCAGGGACCUACUUCCUGAUUUGGGUGAAGGUUUCCUGCUGGAAUGCCUGAAGGAAUACAACUACAACUCCGAGCUGGUCAUCAAUAACAUCCUGGAGGACCGGUUAGCUCCCAAUCUGGCCAAACUGGACCGAGCCAUGCCACGGCCAGUGAAGGAGGAGCUUCCGGCUGUUCUGAACAACAGAUCCAACGUGUUUGAUGGCGACGAGUUUGACGUCUUCCGCAGAGAGCAGGUGGACAUGUCCCGCGUCUGGAAGGGCCGGAGGAAAGGUGAGAACGUUCGGGAGAUGCUGAACGACAAGCGGCACAUAGCGGAGCAGAAAGCUCGUUAUCACACGUACGAGACAGUGGUGGACGAGGUCAUCGUCGAACCCGGAGAAUCCGCGACGGCCUACGAGCUGGACGACUAUGACGACGAGUACGACGACACCUACGACAUGAACCAAGUGGGCGCCAACGACCUAGACGGAGACUCUUUACUGACCAGAAGGCCGUUCACGGUACCGCAGGUACUGAGAAAAGGAAACAAGGAAGAAGACGAGGAGGACGAUCAAGACGAUCAAGAGGAAGAUGCUUCAAAGAGCGCUGUAAACAGGGACCAGUUCGUGCAGGACCCGGCUGUGCUGAGGGAGCGAGCCGAGGCUCGAAGAGCAGCCAUGCAGCAGAGGAAAGGCUUCCGGCCAGAGCGUUCCAGCAACGUGGCUGGCCGACCCAAAGGACAAGGACAAACCACUGAGACGUUACAGGACCGGCGAAAGAAGGAGACCAACAAGAGCCGUGUAGCCAACCACAACCGGCGCAGCAUGGCCGACCGCAAGAGGAACAAAGGCAUGAUCCCCUCCUGACCUGUGGCUCAACCCCAAUGGACUGAUGGGAGAAGGGGAGGAUGAGGUGUGCGUGAAAGCUGAAGGAUCUGGGCUCUGGUGUGGUUCUGGUUUGACUGUGGUUCAGGUUCCAGUCACUGUGAAGGCCGUCACAGAUUUCGUUAGUUUUCAGAAUGGUUUCGGUAAAACUGCAUUUUGGCUUUUUCUUUUAUUAAAAGUUGCCAACAAGCUUUACUGAAA